GUCAAAAUAGAGCCCAUACAGUCUAUAUGAAUUUAUGGUUGUUUUCAUAUCCAUAACGCUGGAUUUGCUCAAAUGCUACUGUAUAUAAUAAUCAGAGAUCAUCACCAGCACAGCUGUCUGAGUUCUUGUUCCUAUAUGAGUUUUGUUCUUGUGUUGUUCCUCUUUCAUAUUCCUCAAUUCCCAUAUGCUUGAGCUUUCUUUUCUGCUUUUCUGUGUGCCGUCAGCGAUGAGGAAGAGUUGCGCAAGUCGUUUUCGGAGCUCGGGGAGCAGCGAGGAGAGACGAACAGCAGAGGAGUGAAGCAGAUGAGCAGCGGAUUCGUUCCUGCUUCUGGAGCUCUGCUUUACAAGAUGGGUUUCCUGGUGAGGAAGGUCCACGCUGACUGUGACGGGAAGAGAACACCUCGUGGGAAAAGAGGCUGGAAAACGUUCUACGCUGUUCUUAAGGGACUCAUCCUUUACCUGCAGAAAGGCGAGUAUCGGCCGGAUAAGCAGUUAUCUGAUGAGGAUUUGAAAAACGCUGUGUCCAUCCAUCAUUCUCUGGCCAUCAGAGCCACAGACUACAGCAAACGGCCAAACGUCUUUUACCUCCGCACCGCUGACUGGAGAGUCUACCUCUUUCAGGCUCCGAAUGCUGAACAAAUGCAGUCUUGGAUCACACGAAUCAACACAGUGGCAGCUAUGUUUUCAGCCCCGCCCCUCCCUGCUGCCAUUGGCUCACAGAAGAAAUUCAGUCGACCGCUGCUGCCAGGCUCCGCCUCCAAACUAUCACAGGAGGAGCAGGUACAGGCUCAUGAAACUCGAUUUCGCUCCAUCUCCACUGAACUCGCACAACUGCGCUCUUAUCCUCCUGACCGAAAGGUGAAAGGACGUGAACUGGAGGAGUACAGACUGAGAGAGGAGUAUCUGGAGUUUGAGAAAACACGCUAUGAGACGUACAGCAUGCUCCUGCGGGCGAAGCAGCGCUGCGGAGACGACGAUCUCUCAGUGUUUGAGGCCAUGCUCCUGGAGGAAGGAGCUUUACAGAGAGCUCAGUCCAGCCCCACGCUCCAGGACAGCAGUCUGACCUGCAGCACCAGAGACGGGGCGAGUCCCAGCACCACCACCGCAGCCCCUCCAGAACCCUCCGGAAACGGCAACAACGGCUGCUCACGCGGCCAAGGACAGAGACACAGCUACCGGCAGGCCGUCCGCAAGUGAAGCCACCGCCGCCGCCAUCCACAGGAAGCCUGCUGUUCUGGAGAGGAAGUGAGGUCAUUCUCUUUCCUGUUGCACGCCAUCAGGAAGUGCCCACCGAAUCUGACUCUGCGAUUGGCUGAUGGGUCACAACACAAGGUGCUAUGGGAGCCGGAUGGGAGAACGUGAUUAGAGGGAAAUAUAAGAAACGCGUGCCACUCUUCCUUUGCCUUCUCGGUUUCUUCUGCGACUUGAAGCCAUUACUUCAGUACAUCUUAAAAAUAGGAAGGUUAUUCUGUUUUGCAUCCCCAGAAAUAACUCGUUUGUUUACAGUUCUGCAUAUCCCUGCGAUGUUCGGGGCGAUGAAACAUACGCUGUGUUUGUCAAAUGGGUGUCUCCUUUGGUGUGGUGUUUGGGAUUGAGCAGAAAACUGACUAGCCCGUAUGCAACUAGUUAUUUCUUUACUUGUAUAAUAAUGCACAGGGACAUCACAGUCACUAAAUACACAUUUCAGUCCAUCAAUUUCGCCCUCGAAAGGUCGUUUGCACUGAACACCGAGUAUUACUACACUUUCCUGAUCAGCAUUUUUGUCCUUUUUUCAUGAUAGAAAUAUUUAAACAUCUUUAAGAUGAGAUCUGUUAAGCUGACACAUAAGUUCUGUACGUUAUAUCCUGAAUUAGUUAAUUUAUUUUGGCUUUUCUUAUGUUUAAUGAAAGCACAAACCUUUCUUUGUUCGAUAUAUACUCAAGUUUUUGGCUUGAAGUUGAUUUUUUGUUUCUAGAUGUAUGCUGGAAUGCAGAAAUAAAUGCUAAUUAUAAACAAAAA